UGCACAACUGUUGCGGGGUAGUAGGUUGUUGAUAUGAUGAUUGGUCGAAUAGGCUAAAGCACAGUUGUUUUUGAUCCAAAAUCAACAGUGUCCAGCGGUAAUUCAGAUUCAGCACAAUGCUUCACAGGAAACCGUCAAACGUCUCAAACAAAGACCCAAAGAGCAAGACAAAACCAAAGCGCUCCACCAGCUUUGGCCGAUUUGACACCUUUAGACACCAACCAGCCCCAGUGAAGCCAGUGGAAAAUGGCGAUUCUUCGUCUGCAGAAGGAGAGCAGGUUGACAGUGGUGACCAGACCGGAUCAGGAGGUAUAGGGAAGAAGAUGAAGGCCAUCACUCUGACGAUGAUGAAGAGGAUGGGCAGGAAUUAUGCCAAAGCCCUGUCAGAGGAAAUGGUUGACAGGACAGAGAGAGAUGAAGAAGGAGGAGGGGAUAUUGUUAAUGGUGUCCAUUCAUUUCCAAAAGGACACAGAGUGUCCAGUCACUCCCUUGAAAGUCUCUACGGUCUCAACAGUGGACACAGCCUUUCCAGUGGGUUGACCAGCGGGUCAGAUGGCUUCAGUAACAGAGACAGUCUGAGGCUGGAUGAGGUGCUGCCCUACACAGGCCAGUUCUGUGGCAGAGCCCGGGUCCACACAGACUUUGUCCCCAGUCCUUACGACACGGAAUCACUUAAACUUAAGGUGGGGGAUGUGAUUGAGAUAAUCAGCAAGCCUCCUAUGGGUAUAUGGACAGGCAUGCUGAACAACAAGGUGGGAAACUUUAAGUUCAUCUACGUGGACCUCAUAGUAGAGAAGGUUCCUGAACUGCCUCAGAAGACGAGGACACACAGGAGGAGCAGGAGACCCCGUCCCAAAACACUACAGGAGCUCCUAGAGCGCCUCAAUCUGGAGGUGUAUGCCUCUUCACUGCUCCUGAAUGGCUAUCAAACAGUAGAUGACCUGAAAGAGCUGAAGGAGAAGUAUCUGAUGGAACUCAAUGUGACUGAUCCAGAACACAGACAUCUUCUCAUGGCAGCCAUCGAGUGCCUCCAAGAACCCCAAAGUGAUGGUCAGGAGGGAGAGUUAAACCAGGAUGCCAAGUCCCCGACUGAGAGUGUUAAAGCAGACCUGAACGACUGCCCCAGAGACUCUGGCUGUUACAUCCCUUCGGACUGCUCAGACAACAGCAAGGAGACAGACAUCCACCUGCCAGCACUGCACCAUCAUCCUCCCAUGGCUCAGACCUAA